AUGGAAGGGAGCGGAGGAGGCGGAGGCGGAGGCGGAGGCGGCGCCGGCGUCGGAGGGUGCCUGGGUCUGGGCCACGGCGGGGAGGCGCACAUCAAGGGCACGCACACGCACGGCGGCCGCUACGUGCAGUACAACGUGUACGGCAACCUCUUCGAGGUCUCCGCCAAGUACGUCCCGCCCAUCCGCCCCGUCGGCCGCGGCGCCUUCGGCAUCAUCUGUGCUGCUGUCAAUGCGCAGACUCGUGAGGAGGUGGCCAUCAAGAAGAUCGGCAACGCGUUCGACAAUCAGACCGACGCAAAGCGCACUCUCCGAGAAAUUAAGUUGCUUAGGCACAUGAAGCAUGAAAAUGUUAUUUCAAUAAAGGACAUCAUACGCCCACCUAGGAGGGAGAACUUCAACGAUGUUUAUAUCGUUUACGAGUUGAUGGACACUGAUCUUCAUCACCUUCUACGAUCAAACCAGCCACUAACUGAUGAUCAUUGUCAGCUGGUAGGGUCACCUGAUGACACGAGCCUUGGGUUCCUCCGAAGCGAUCACGCCCGCAGAUACGUGAGGUCCCUUCCUCAACACCCCAAGCAACAAUUUCGUGUGCGGUUCCCCACUAUGUCUAGCGGUGCCAUGGAUUUGCUUGAGAGGAUGCUCGUGUUUGAUCCGAGCAAGAGGAUUACUGUUGAUGAGGCUCUAUGCCACCCAUACCUGGCAUCCCUUCAUGAGACAAACGACGAACCCGUCUGCCCAGCGCCUUUCAGCUUCGACUUCGAGCAGCCAUCGCUCACCGAAGAAGAUAUCAAGGAGCUCGUCUGGAGGGAGUCUCUCAAGUUCAACCCUGACCCAAUCCACUAA